AAAUAUUACAAUGAUAACAUGAGGCAGUAUUAACAUCUAAACCGGCUGAUCAACAACUAAAGCUUUGAAACGAAUAAAAAUGUACACAAAAGUAUUUAUAAAAUUAUCAAUAUUCUACACCAUAAUGUCAAUAACACAGGCCGCCACGCUUGAUUUAUGCGUAACCAAACGUGAGAAUUCAAAUACAAAUGUCCAAUAUCCAGACGAUAAUGAAAUCAAUACAAAUCGUCUCUUAUUGAGAGACUGUCCCUCAUACCCUUUUAUCGAUAAUGCUGUUGAUCAUAUACGCUCUUUCAUAAUUGAUAAAUUGGAUUUGGUUCAUUUGGAAUGGCAUAUAUUGCAGGCAACUUAUACUGAUAAAGGUUUACUAUUCGAAAUGUCUUCGAGGGAAGAUGUUAAAGAAAUUUUAGAUCAAUUCGCAGUGAAAUUGCGUAAUAAAGAAUGUGUUUUGAAAACAACAUUAAAGCAAUUCUUUCCCAUGGAAAUACAUUGAAACUUUAUCAUUGAAAUAUUUAUUAUUUUAAAUUUAAGUACAUUUUUUGUAAAUUACAAUAUUUUAAGUAAAAUACAUGUUUUUAAUAAUGCAAAAAAA